AUGGCGGGCGGUGAUAGAGAUCGGGUAGCACGCUGCUUCUCGGUUCACCGCGCAGAAGUACGGGAUUGCGUUGUCUUCGUCGUCCCAAAGAGUUACGGGCGCGGAAUCGGGACCAAUCCUCCCUACGUGACCAGCAUCACGUGUUUCACGCUCUUUGCCAUCGGCGCACCCUUGAACAACACCAUUGCGGGCAUCCUGAUCCUGCGGUGGCUACAAGGCGUCAUGGCGGCUCUCGAAACCCUCAUGUGGAUGAUCAGUUCAAACUAA